AUGAAGUUCUCCGCCGCCGUCUUCACCCUCCUCGCCGCCACCGGCGUCACAGCCGCACCCGCCGCUGAGUCCGUCAACAUGAUGGCCGCAACCCCCCAGUGGACCAUCCGCGACGCCAAGCGCUACUGCCGCUCCGACGACUCCAUCUGCAACUGGAAGUUCGGCAUCGACACUGGCAACGGCAAGCCCUACGAGUGCCGCUACGACGUCAAGGGCCCCGGCGCCAGCAAGAAGCGCAGCGCUGGCCCUAGCACCUGCGGCGACUUCACCAUCACCUCUGGCUGGAGCGACCAGUUCGGCGCCGACAACGGUUUCACUACCCUGUCUGUCGUGUCCAAGUCGAAGCGUCAGAUCAUCUGGCCUGCUUAUACCGACAAGCAGCUUGCUGGUGCUAAGAUUGUUAAGCCUGAUCAGUCUUAUGCUCCUGCUUCUCUCCCCAAAUAA